AUGGACGAAGUCUCCGUCAUUCCAGUCGAGGUGCAUUGCCGCCCAACCCGCGUAAAUGACACGGAACUAUCGAAGGUCAUCACGAGUUUUAUUCGGCAGCGUCAUGCUGUGAUACACCCAGGGGAGAUUCUCUCACUCAAGAACGCGUCGGAUCUCAUCACCGCCACAGUGGAGCAGCUACGCGUGUGUGACGUGUACUGCCCACAGCACGGCAUCGCCGCGGACGAGGCGGACUACGCCCCUGUGAUGUACGCCUUGCACAUGGAUGAAUACUACGACGUGCCGCUAGAGGAUGGGGAGUUCGACGUUGACGACAGCAUGGCGUUGCCGUCAUGCAGUGUAAUGCGGCUGCCGAACGCAUCCCUGGAGGGGCUGUGGGAAUCGCUCUUCUACGGCGAGACGCUGCACGACUCCGCCCUCCUCAAGCGUGACCUGCUACAGUACAUGCGCACUGCUAUGGUCUUCUCCAACGCAGGCGUGGACCCACACAUCAUUGCGUGGAAUCGUCUGCUGCUGCUGCAUGGCCCACCAGGCACAGGCAAGACGUCCUUGUGCAAGGCUCUCGCACACAAGCUGGCGAUUCGACUAGGGGACUUGUUUCCCACCACCCUGCUGGUGGAGAUCAACGCCCACAGUCUAUUCAGCCGGUGGUUUAGUGAGAGUGGGAAGCAGGUGAUGCUGCUGUUCAAGCGCAUUCACGCUAUGGCAGAGGAGUCCAACUGUCUCCUGUGUGUGCUGGUAGAUGAGGUGGAGAGCCUGGCGGCAGCGCGGCAGUCGGCGAUGAAAGGCAACGAGCCAUCAGAUGCCAUCCGUGUCGUCAACGCCCUUCUCACACAGUUGGACAACCUACGGCGUAGACGGAAUGUAGUAGUGCUGGCUACGAGCAAUAUCACAGGUGCCAUUGAUGUGGCCUUUAUUGACCGAGCAGAUAAAAAGAUCUACCUUGGCGCACCGGGCUUGCAGGCCCGUCUCGCAAUCCUCAAGUCAGGCACACAGGAAAUGCUGCGACGCAGUUUGGUUCGGCCAGUGAAUUCAUCAAAUGGGGAAUGUACCCAUGAAGAGAAGUGCUCGUUCAUGGAGACUCGUGAAGUGGGGUUGGGUGAAAAGGAGUUGCAGCUUCUGGAAUCCAUCGCCAGAAAAUGUGACGGAUUCAGCGGAAGGACACUGAAGAAGUUGCCGUUCCUUGCCUACAGCGAGCACACGAGAGGAGGUGGCGGUGAUACUCUGGGCUGUUACGCCAUUUCUUUCACAGCGUAUGCAAAUGGGUUGAUGUCGGCUGCUGAGGCGGAAGAAUCGGCGCAGAGAUCUAUGGCGGCUUCAUAG